AUGUGCGUGUUCCGUGCCGAUCUGCGCACGCACCGCCCAAAAAACCAACUCCUGCUGCGUGCCUCCUCAGCUCAGCAGCACCUCACUUGCCCUCCACCCUUCGCGUUUCUUCUCGUGUCUCUCGCCUGCCGCUUCUUCCGUUUCCUGCCUCUCGCGACGCAUGGGUUCGUAUGCACAGCGUUCACUCGCAUUUUUAAAACCAGUGCCAAGUCGAUUGUGAAGCAGAGGAUGUCGGGAACGCUGAUUGGUCAGGAGCUGGAGCCUGCUCUGCUCGUAGACGUGGAGCUGCACUCGCCACGCGAUCCGGAGCUUCAUCCGAGUCAGCAUGCGCAUCAGCAGCAGCUGGGCGGGAAAAUGGAGUACAAUUACCUUCAGGCACGUUUCGCGGAACCGGGCCUUAACUUUGUUUCUAGGCAGGAAGCAGCGAAAAUAACGAUUCCCAUCCCUAUCCCCGCUCACGUGCAAUCCGCGCGUCCCUGUGCGCGCAUGUGGUGGCGGUGGGUGCCCACAUGUGGUGGCGGUGAGUGCGCGCAGCGGGUGAAGGUGUACCGCCUGAACGACGACGGCAAGUGGGACGACAAGGGAACGGGUCACGUCUCCGUCGAGUAUCUCGAGCGGUCGGACGCGAUAGGGCUGGUGGUGAUCGACGAGGAGGACAACGCCACGCUGCUCGUGCACCGCAUCUCCACCGACGACAUCUACCAGCGCCAGGAAGACACCAUCAUCUCGUGGACGGACCCCGAGGUGGCCACGGAUCUGGCGCUCAGCUUCCAGGAGAGCAUGGGCUGUGCUUACAUCUGGGAUCAAAUCUGCAACGUGCAGCGCCAGAUCCAGCUGCCGUCCGUCCUCGCAACGGAGGUGGCAAAGGAGUCAUCGGAGCUGCCAGCAGUGGAGACCCGCACACUGCCAGCCAUUGCCAAGCUGGUGACGGACGUGUCGCCCUUCCACCGGGACCGAAUGGCUUCCCUCAUCCUCCGAGAGGGCUACGUGGCGCGGCUGGUGGCGCUGUUCAGGGCGAGUGAGGGAGCACACGACACCCCUGCGCUGCACCUCCUCUACCGAGUCUUCAAAGGCCUCGUGCUGCUGAACGACUCGCAGCUGUUGGAGCAGCUGUUUGCACCCGAUGCCAUCAUGGAUGUCAUUGGCGCGCUUGAGUACGACCCGGACGUGCCGUGCAGGCAGCAGCACCGUUCGAGUGUGCAGCAGCAGGCGGUGUACCGCGAGGCGCUGCCCAUCCCCAACGCUACCCUGCUCGCCAAGAUCCACCAGACGUACCGCCUCGGGUACAUCAAGGUGCGGGGCAUGGUGGCGUGCAGGCAGGCGGAAGAAGGGCUGCACGCACAGCUGCUGGAGAUGCUGAGGGUGCUGCUGGACCCUCAUACCAUGGACGCGGCCGACAAGAGCAAAUUCCUGGACCUCUUUUACGAGGACUACCUCCAGCUGCUCAUCUCAGCCGUUGUUGCCGGCACCAACGCAUCUCAGCCGUACUACGUGUUGCGCAACAGCGUGGCGGAGAAGGUGCUACGGCUGACGCAGCGGCGAGAGAAGUACCUCUCUGUGGCCGCCAUCCGCUUCCUGCGCUGCUGUGUCGCACUCAAGGACGACUUCUACGUGCGCUACCUGGUGAAGAACCGCCUGCUGGACCCGGUGAUGGCGGCCUUCCGUGCCAACGGGGCGCGCUACAACCUCCUCAACUCCGCCGUGCUGGAGCUCAUUGACUUCGUCAGGAAGCGAGUCUCGCAGGAAGCGGCCGCGUGGGUGCAUGGACUCAAGUGCAGCGCAGGCGGAAACCGAUGCGGAUGGGAGAGGGGAGAGUGGAGUCCUAAGGGCGGCAGCCCAAAGGGCAGGAAAGGCGGCAGUCCCAAGAGCGGCAGUCCCAAGGGCGGCAGUCCCAAGGGCGGUAGUCCCAAGGGCGGUAGUCCCAAGGGCGACCUGAAGGUGGGAUGUGUGAGAAGCGUUGGUGAAGCAGGCAAGAAGGUUCUCAGCAUGAGAAAACGGUUCCUGCAGGUGCGCACACAAGAUAACACCACUGAUUCGCCGCUGGGGGAGGUGGUACCUGGGGGAGGGGCGCCGAAGGAAAGGGGAGGGGCGAUGGGUAGGGAAGAGGCGACUCUGGGUGUGUGCUCCCCUCGCCCUGUUCUCUGUGACCCGUGGCGUAGCGCGAGGGGGGAGGGGCGAGAGGGGGCAGGGAGUGCAGAGGGAGAUGAGGGCGAUGGUGGUGAUGAGGGUGAGUGGGCUGUUAGGCUGGCUAUGGCUGAGGAGGAAGAAGAGAGGCGGCAGGCGGAUGGGGGUGAUGGGGAUGGUAUCAAGGGUGGAGGGAAGAUGCAGAGGAAGGAGAAGGCAGAUGUGGAGAAUGCAGGCAGUGGUGCGAUGAGCCUUGCAGAUGAGGCAGGUGGGGCUGAUGGGGUAGAGGCACGGACAGCAGCGCCGGGAGGUGCACAAGGUGCAGCAAGGUCGGUGGUUGAGGCGUUGCGGUAG